AUGAACAGCAUACUUGCCCUCGCGGGCACAUCGCUGUUGAGUGACAGAAGCGCUUCGGCUGAAGACCUAGAACAGCGCAUUCCCGGCUUUUCGGUCCUGCAAGACUUCUUCAAGAAAUGGCUCAAACUUGACCUCACGACACUCCUCACCGCUGCGGCGCUGAUGGGCGCGGCAUCUAGCGGCGCGCAGAGCCUCCAAGAGACCGGGUCCAAGCUGUACUGGUGGAUUGUGCGCUUCCUGACGGCUUCCAUUUCCAUCGCGGGCAAUGAUCGGCUCAACCGCGAGGUGCUCAACUGGCUGGGCGCCCAUGUGCUGUUGAAGAAGGGCACGCGCAUCCUGACCGCCAACUCGGAGUCGAUUCGCAACGAUGCGUGGUCCUACCGCCGCGUGUCGCAAGAGCGCAACGACUUCCACCACGAGAAGCGGAUGCCGGUGCAGUACCUGCCGACGUUCGGGACGACAUGGUUCAUCCACAAGCGGAAUAUCUUCAUGGUGCGGCGCAUCCUCACGAGCAGUUCCCAUUACAACAGCGCUUGGGCCAGAACUCCAGACGAAUACGCGGGGGCGCCAGAGGGUGACGAGCCGCUUGUGGUUAUGUGCCUCGGUCGGUCGGUAGAGCCUAUUAAGCGCUUCCUCGACACGUGUCGCAUAUUUGCGGAUAAGCAGCGCGAGGCGUACAUCACAGUCCGGAUCAGCAAACGGACUUACGACGAAACGUGGGAUACGACCAUUCUGCGCCCUCUUCGCCCGCUCGAGACGGUCCACUUCGACGAAAAGAUCAAGGCAGAGCUCGUCGCGGAUAUCGAGAACUACCUCGACGUCAACACGCGCAAGUUCUACAACAGGCGCGGCAUUCCAUACAGGCGCGGGUUCCUCCUAUACGGUCCUCCUGGCACUGGAAAGACGUCACUUUCACUCGCGCUAGCAGGCAGGUUUGGGUUAGAGCUGUAUUUGCUUCACAUGCCAAGUGUCAAUAACGAUUCAACGCUUGAGAAGCUGUUCACUGCCCUCCCGCCGCGCUGCCUGGUGCUUCUCGAAGACAUCGACGCCGUCGGAAUCAAGCGCCGUGUUAAGAACCACGACGACCAUAGCGAUAGCGACAGUGACGAUGACUCGGACAAGAGCGACUCCGACAGCGACAUUGACCGCGGGCGAUCUAGGUGCACUCUUUCGGGUCUCCUAAACGUGCUGGAUGGAGUGGCUUCCCAGGAAGGCCGGAUCGUGCUGAUGACGUCCAACUUUGCCGAGACGCUGGACAAGGCCCUCGUUCGGCCAGGGCGAGUUGAUAGGAUGCUGUACCUGGGCCACAUCUCGCCGCGCAGCGGCGAACUUAUGUUCUUGCGAAUGUUUAGCCCCGACGAGGAGGGUGCGGCCCCGGCGGACAGGGCGGUUCAACUUCCCAAGGAGGAGCUCGAGAAACUCGCGCUCAGCUUCAGCGAGUGCAUUCCGAGCGAGGUGUUUACCCCAGCCCAGAUUCAGGGCUAUCUCUUGAAUUACCGGGACUCGCCUGUUGAUGCAGCGGCCAAGAUGGCGGAUUGGGUGAAAGAGGAACUCCGGUUGAUUCAAGUGGCCAAAGAAAGGGAGAGGAAGGCCGCCGAAGCCAAGAAGAAGAAGAAGAAGGAGCAGAAGCGAAAGAAGGCGGAAAGGAUGGUGAAGGCGAUGCGCGAAUACGACUCGGACGAGGACCUGGAAGAACUGCGACUGAGGAUGAAAGAGGAGAAGAAAAAGAGGAAUCGGAGCAAGAGCCAGCAAGACGGCUCGGAUGUGGAGGAAAAAGCCGACAAGGGGAAAGAGAUUGAGGAAAAGUCGGAGGAACUGCCCCAAAAGCCGGAGGAGAAGUCGGAGAAGAAGGUGGUGGUGGAGGAGCCAGAAGUGAUGGUAGAAGGGAUGCUGGAAACACCGAAGGAAGUGGAGGAGGCGCUGGAGAAGUUGAAGGAGGGGCCAAGGCCCCCCCGGAGCCAGUCACUAAACAGCAUUUCAUUAAGCGACGACUAG